ACGCACGGAGCAGGAGCGCUCCGCGGGUUCCCUGCGCGCUGCGCGCAGCUCCUGCCCCGCCGAGGCAGCGGGGAGGAGGGUUAAUUCCGUGCUCGUUACCCUCUCGUCCCGUCCUGUCCGCCCACCAUCGCCCUGUACGUACAAAGGAAACUUCGGUCGCAUCCUCCGGCAGUACCCCCUGAGUGAGCCCAAUAUCCCUGGAGAUGCUUUGACAUCAGUGGAGGGCCCCCAUCUUGAGACAGGAACCCUGUUUGCUAAAGACCAGAAAAUACAAGGAGAUUUGGAAGAACACAGUGAUCUAGAAGAAUCAGAAUAUUCUUUCCAAACGACUAUGGAAGAGCUUGAAGAAAAUCAGAAAGCUUUAAAACUUACUUUCCAGAAAACCCAGAAUAAUGAUAAGGAGAAACAGCAGCAUGAAAAGAUGCAGGAGGCCAUCACAGGCACGCCAACAUCAUCCUUCAGCUCAGACAAUGAAACAGAGAGCAUGGAUGCUAAGUGUCCUACAGGAUAUUUGGACAUGGGAGGAACCAGCCCUUUGCAGUCAGAAGUUUCCACCAACGCAGAGGAGCUGGAACAGCUCUGUGACCAGCAGGUCACAGGAGCUCAUCUUGAGCUUGAGAGGAUGAGGUGGCAUUUUGUGCUGGCUAAACUGAAAUGUGAACAGGAGGAUAAGGAAAAGCAAAGGCUUCAUGAAGAGAGAAUGGAGCAGAUUCAUCACCAGGCAGUAAAAGGAUCAGUGAAUGAAGGACUCCAAAACCUACUCCAGCCCUUCAAUCAAUAUGCCUUGUUCCUGUACUGCUUCAUCAUCAUUCAUGUUAUUUAUACUUUGAAGGAGCUGGCCUUCUACGUUUUCCAAACCCAUUACCUGUUCUGUUUUGCUAUCGUGCUUUUCUACAUUCUUAUAAGGAUUUUCCAAGAUUACAGAAAUAACAAAAAAUAUCCUUAAGAAAAGCAGCAUAUUCUACUCUUUUUGCCCCAUUUUUGCUGCUUUUUUAUUAUCACUACACCAAUCAUACAUGCAGGAUUUCAGCUAUUGUUACAUGCCUGAUUAAGGAAAACCAAGUGAUUUCCUGAAGAAAAUUGUGACUAAAUGACACCAUUUGACUUCAUGCUGUCUCACCAUGUUUAGCAUCAUUCAGGGGCACUCAUCUAUGCAAAUAAAGUUACACACAAUAAGAAA